AUGACAAUCAAUGUGUCCAAGUCUACUCUGUCCAGUCUGAAGAAGAAAAAGAAGAGGAGAGUAACAGCUACUACAGUAUUGGAUCCUCCUCCCUUUGUGCUACCAAUAAUAGAGCCAUCUCCACUUUGCGAGUCCGAGCCUGAGCAUCCGAGUCAAUGUGUCAUGGAAGAAGCUUCUCCCCCAGAUCCAAACAUAAAUAUGGCUAGUGCCAAGAUAGAUACUGUAACAGGGUUCUACAAGCCCUCACCCACUGUCAAGGAGGCACACUUAGCCUUCAAUGACAUCAAGAGGAUUCUUAGGCCACCAAAGAAGACUGCUGGCUACCAUGACCCUGAGCUUGACUUGGUCUUUUGUUGCUGA